AUGAGACGUGCAGAACCACGGGUUAUUUUAACCGCCAGAAGAUGCCAACAUGCUUCUAGUUCCACAUGCGAUCAAGCGGCUGAAGAUGCGUACUGUCUAACCCUGGCCGAAAGCAUGAAGAAGAUACUGAAAGUGAGCGUUGGAUUCCUUUGCUUAUGACUCCCAUUUUAGUGUGGUUGUUAUUACGGUUCGAUAACUGCGGGACGUGCAGAGCUGAUGUUGCGAAGCCGACCGGAUGGGUCUUUUCUGUUCCGAGAUUCUCGAGGUUCUCUCUCCAGCUUCUUUUCCAUCACUUACAAAACAAAUGGAGUCGUCAAUCAUAGCCGGAUCGGCUACUUCAAGGGGCGUUUUUGUCUGGGCUCGGCCAAUGCUCUGCUCCAAUCAGAUGACAUGCAGGACUUCGUAAAUAAAAUUGUGGAAGCUUCCAGAAAAGGGGAUCUGCUCAACAUCCUUGAGAUGCCGCGUUCUGAAACACAACGGAGUCAGGAUGUUAAGUUACUCUACCCAUUCAGGAGAUCAAAUCUGAUGCCCAAGUUGAAGGAGCUAUGUCGAAUCGUGAUUCGUGCUCAUAUUAUCAACGAUGAUUAUGUCCGUUUUCUGCCGAUCCCAUUUGAUGCCCAAAAAUACGUUCUCGAUUGUACAUUUCUUUAUUCUUUCUGUCCUUACAUCCAACCGUUGCGGAUAUAG